CCGCCAUAAAACGUCAGAAGAAGAAUCCGCGGACUUCCGGGUUUGACCGAACACUUUGGAGUGUUUACUGUCAUUAGUCGGAUUAAACUUCACUUUCUCAGCGAUCUUCAGUUGUUUGCUGCUGUAUUUUCACUGUUUAAUUUAUUUCACAUGUGUGUGCGGGGUCAGUUGAGUGUGUUUAUAUGUAAACGCUGAUGAUUUCUCAUAUUUAAAUACAGUUGUUGUGAAUGAAUAUGAGCUGAAAUGCCGUCCGUGAGCACUGGAGUGAAGGAUCUUUAUCUUUCUACAUCACUGGGAGAUCUGAACAAGAAAGCAGAAAUCAAACCAGAGAGAACCAACACUAGACAUUAUGUCCAGAGUGCAUGUAAGAUCUUCAAGGCGGCUGAGGAGUGUCGUCUUGAUCGAGAUGAGGAGAAAGCUUAUGUCCUGUACAUGAAGUAUCUGACCGUCUAUGACCUCAUCAAGAAGAGACCGGACUUCAGACAGCAGCAGGAUUUCUUUCUGUCUAUACUGGGGCCGACCAGCUUCAAAAAGGCCAUAGAGGAAGCAGAGAAACUUUCAGAGAGUUUGAAAUUCCGCUAUGAGGAAGUGGAGGUGCGGAAAAAGCUGGAAGAGAAAGAGAGAAGAGAGGAAAAGAAUCGAAGAGAAGAAAGGACAGAGCAAGACAGGCGUGAUUCACCCAGAGGAACAUCAGAGAAGAGCGGUCAGAAGAUUCAGGAUGAAGCCAAUAACAAGAAGAGUGCUAAAGCAGGCAGCAUCAGUGCUGAAGGUUUAUAUCAUCUGAUGAAGGACAGCAGUAUAAAUGUGCUGGUGAUGGAUGCUCGGCGCAGAAGAGACUUUGAGGAGUCACACAUGUGUGUCCCGUCUCAGACGUGUAUCAGUGUACCUGAAGAGGCCAUCAGCCCGGGGGUGACGGUGAAUCAGAUGGAGUUGAAGCUGCCUGCUGAAUCUCUGGAUGAGUGGAAGCGUCGAGCGUUUGUGGAUUAUGUGGUUCUGUUGGACUGGUUCAGCAGCAUCUCUGACCUCAAACUGGGCACCACUUUACAGAGUCUGAAGGAUGCUCUCUAUAAGUGGGACAGCAGUACUAUCCUGCGCAGCGAGCCGCUGGUGCUGGAGGGGGGAUAUGAAAACUGGCUGCUCUUUUACCCCAUGUACACCAGCAACGCUAAAGUCAAACCGCCCCGACAGCAGGUGACCAGCGCUCUGCCACAAUUGAACUUUGCGUAUCCUUCACUGGAGGAGCCCAAACCCGUGAGCGUGAACUCGGAGCCCGCACCGCUUACGCAGCUCAACGGCAGAACUUUGGACCAAGAACCUCACACAGAAGCGCCCGCAAACCCCACGAACACACAAACACCGGCCCACCAGCCUGUUCCUCAAACCAGCACAGACGUCAUAACGCCGCCGUCCGCCUCACCCAGACACACUCCACAGGUGGAUCGCUCCAAAAAACCAGCCGUGAGCGUCACAUCGAGGGUCAGUGAUGAGUCAGCAGUGAACGAUACUUCCGCGGCACACAAUGACCCGGUGGUGCCCGACCGCUCGGCCAAACCCAACCUGGACCCGUCCAGAGCCCUGAGCGAGGAGGAACGCAGGGAGAUCCACGCAGAGACUGUCAGUCUGAUGGAGAAAGCCCGUAAAGAGCAAGAACAACGCAAGCGUGCUCAGGAGGAGAAGAGAGAGAGAGAACAGCGAGCCAGAGACGAGAAAGAGCAGAGGGAGGCAGCAGAGAGACGUCAGGGAGACGAGAACGAGACGAAGGAGGAGGAGAAACAGCAGGAGAGAAAGAAACUGGAGAGACAGACGGCAGAAGAGGAGGAUCAGGGAGAAACGGAGCGAGACGAGAAGGUCAGAAAAGCGCAGAAGGACGCUCAGAUGAAGAGCAUGUCACUGGAUUCACCAGCGCCGGUGAUGGGUGUGAGUGACAUCAAGAGAGAUACUCUGACGCGAGCACGCAGCGAGGAGAUGGGCAGAACCGUACCCGGGUUGCCGGACGGCUGGAUGAAGUUUCUCGACACGGUGACGGGAACCUACAGAUACUACCACUCUCCCACCAAUCGCGUGCAUCUCUAUCCUCCAGAGGUGAGCGUGCCGCAGGUACCGGCCAGCACGCCCAAAGCCAAACCGGCACAAGCUGCAGAGAUGGACAGAGAGAAGGAGAGGGAGCAGUCCAAACUGAAGCGAUCGUACUCGUCUCCUGAUAUCAGCCAGGAACUGAGCGCAGAGACCAGCAGAAAACCCGCACCUGUACCUCAAAUAAACCGAGAAAACAAGCCUCUGGCUGCUGCUGCCGCCGCUGCAUAUAAGGCUGAGAUCGCUCGGCCAUCGGCGGCGAAGAUCCGGAACCUGAACCCGGUGUUUGGAGGUCAGGGGCCGUUAUUAACAGGCCUCCGUAACCUCGGCAACACCUGCUACAUGAACUCCAUCCUCCAGUGCCUGUGUAACACCGUCGCCAUGGCAGAUUAUUUCAACAGGAACUUCUAUCAGGACGACAUCAACCGGGCCAAUAUUCUGGGUCAUAAAGGGGAGGUGGCCGAGGAGUUCAGCGUGGUCAUGAAGGCGCUGUGGUCGGGACAGUACAAAUGCAUCAGUCCUCAAGAUUUCAAAGGCACCAUCUGUAAAAUCAACAACCGCUUCUCCAGCUACGAGCAUCAAGAUUCACAAGAACUGCUUCUGUUCCUCAUGGACGGACUGCACGAGGAUCUCAAUAAGGCGGAUAAACGCAGGGGUUAUAAGGAAGAGGACAUCGAUCAUCUGGAUGAUGUGAGCGCUGCAGAGUUAGCCUGGAGCAAACACAAGCUGUUGAAUGAGUCCAUCAUCGUGGCUCUGUUUCAGGGUCAGUUUAAAUCCACAGUUCAGUGCAUGAGCUGCCAGCACAAAUCCAGAACCUUCGAGACCUUCAUGUACCUCACGCUGGAGAUGACGGCCAGCAGCAAGUGUUCUCUACAGGAUUGUCUGAAACUCUUCUCCAAAGAGGAGCGACUGACUGACAGCAAUCGCUUCUACUGUCGACACUGUAAAACGCAUCGAGACGCCAUCAAGAAAAUGCAGAUCUGGAAGGUUCCGCCCAUUUUACUUGUGCAUUUGAAACGGUUUAAAUACGACGGCCGGUGGCGGGAAAAGCUGCAGACUUUGGUGGAUUUCCCGCUGGAUAAUCUGGACCUGUCGCAGUACGUCAUUGGGCCCAAACAGAACCUGAAGAAAUACAACCUGUACGCCGUGUCUAAUCAUUAUGGCGGAAUGGACGGAGGUCAUUACACUGCAUACUGCAAGAAUCCCAUCAAACAGCGCUGGUUUAAGUUUGAUGAUCACGAGGUGUCUGAGAUCUCAGCCUCGUCCGUCCGCUCGGCGGCCGCCUACAUCUUCUUCUACUCGUCCUUAUGAAGGAAAGCAACAGGUUAACCAGAGUGGGCGGUACAGCAGGGUCUGUAGGACUGCAGCGGCGGUCUGACACACAGGCUCAGGUCUCAGAGCAUCCGUCUGUUUCCUCCACGCUCACAGCAGGACUAACGUCAUGUAGACAGACAUUUCUGAGAGAUUAUACAUCACUAUAUACACACUAUAAUCCAAACGGCUCAUCAGACGUGCACUUAGCGCUUAAAUAAAUCUUUUAUUUAUUUAAAUAGUGACCAAAUAUUCCUUGUAAAAUGCAGUACGUCUCUAGUUUAGCGCCAGGCCCAAAAGAGAACCAAUGAUCGCCACCGGUCAUCCUCAGUCCACUCACACAUUCACAUGUAUGUGUCUGUAACGUGUGCCUUCGGGCCGGUUCUGUCGGUUAGCGUGCGGGGGACCACUAAUGACAUCCCUCCCGUAGCAUUAGCAGUAGAAGUCAAAAACUCGGUUUAUAUUAUAACCCAGAAUGUUUUCUCUCUCUCUACUAAUAUUACUCUGAAUUCAAGCUGCUUUAUAUCGAGUGUGUAGGUGAAAAUGACCAAAUGGGACACACAUCACCAUGGAAACAUCUCAUGAUUAUCACUAACAUUAUAUUUGUGGCAUGAUGUUUGGCAUGAACUUCUCUCACCUGGUUUCUUAUAUUAUUAUUAUAAUGCUCAUUCUUAACAUCCAUUUAUUGGCUUAUAAACUCCUAAAUCAUUGCAAGUGUACUGCUUCAAUAAAAACACAAACAGA